GCUUUUACAAGUCACAGAUAUUCAAAUUUUAAUUUUCGAUGGAGGUUAUGAUGGAAGACAAUGCGGUGGUAGCCUUCGCCUUUGGCUCAAGCAGCCAAUGUCUUCAUCCGAAAUUGUCUUCUUUAUAAUUACACGUACUGUCAAAAUUUAUAAUUUAAUAUAAAUAUAUAAUAUAUAAAUUCAAAUUUUUUAGUUGAAUUUAUUGAAACAAUCAAAUAAAAUAAAUGAUAAAUUUAAAAUUUAAAAAUAGUUGAGUCCAUAUAAAAAUAACGGGAAUAGUUGAAAAAAAUAUCCACCUGUUUUGAGAACAAUUAACUUAAAUCUACUGACAUACCUAAGAAACGUUUUUCCAGAGCAAGGACCUGGAAAAAUUAACGGCUCUUUGAGUCUCCAUAAACCAUUAAAUAAUUUAAACCUUUUCUUUCCUCAAAAGAUAAUUAUUUAAAAAGAAAAUAAUGACAACAGUGAUGAAACUGCAGUCUUGUGACAAAGCUACGAGGAUAAACUUGAGUAUUUGUUAUGUAAAACUAAAUAUAAACGUUCAAAAUAUUGUGAAAACUUUUUUUAUGUAACAGUUAUUAUAUUUUUAUUAUCAAAAUGACUUUCAAGUCUUUGUUUAAUUGGGGGAGUUCUGGAGAAUAUGUAAAGGGCCCUCAUGUUCCUCUUGAACGAUGGCAAGGUGGCUGGGAACCUCCACAUCACAGCCGUGGUCACGGUCAUGGGCAUCAUCAUGGCGGAGGUAAAGGUGGAAGCGGUGCUGCUUUGAGUGCUCUGGCACUUUUAGCUUUUUUGUUUUUUUUAAAUUGUAUGCAGCAAUCAUUGAACGAAAAUAAUGCAACAACACCAUCAACGUCGUCAGGAACAACGGCGUUAUUAGUCCGUGAAGAAGAUGGACCCGUAGUAACUGAAGUUGAAAGAAAGUCACCAAAAUUAGUAAAGAUAAAACAAUCGCUGUCUCCAAGAGACAAAAGGUCUCAGUUUGAAAAGGGCGACAAGCUGAAACUAAACUAAAUCAAUACUCUUAGUCCUUUUAUUUUCACCCUCGUCAUGACGCACUUGUCUGUCCAAGUAGAAAAAAAAAUGACAAUAAUAAUAAUAAUAAUAAUAAUAAAUAACUUACAUUUUUUAAAAUAUCAAUAAAUAAUUAAC